UACCCAUGCAACUCAGUCCCAUGCAUCAUGCAUGCAUUACUAUACGAUAAUUGUGGUCAUACAUAUUUACAAUGACGUACAUGUCAACGAAUAAUGUCAAAAAUACAUAUUCUCUGCAUAAAAUCAAAUUGAAAAUUAUAUGAUCGGCUGCACAAUCUCAUAAUGAACACAUCUGAUGUCAUACAAUAUUUAAGUCUAAAGAAUUUAACGUAGGCCUACAUAUUUUUCUUCAAGUUCAAAUCGACUUUCAAAUAGAUCUAAACCUUCCAAAAAGAAACUGCGUCUGCGAAGCCGAAGACAAACGUGUGCAUGGCCAUGGGAAUGUAACAUUAUUGUUGACAUGCUCACUCACUGCCACCAUUCCUAAUCCUAUAUAUUCUUGUCAUAUGUGUAAAACACCUUGUGUAUGUUAGUAGAUCUACUUGUGACUCAUUAACCCAUCAAGGACGAGAGCUAUUUAAAGGCUAAAGGCCAAAUUGAUCAUUGUUUUCCUCUACAAAUUGGCAACUCGUAUUUGUCGUAAAUUUUGUUGGCCAUUAUUCGUUAAAAUAUCACUACCAUCCCACAAAUAUGCGGGGCUUAGCCUUAGGCACUGAUGGGUUAACAGUCAAUUGACAUGGUCCAUUGACUUGUACCACUACCAGUAUUACAGUCAAUGUACUAUUAAUUAGAUCUAUAUUGAUUCAAAUUGUUAUUUUGGUAAAAAAAGGUCUACAAUUGCACACCCCCCUGGCAUUUCAACAAAUAUUUGGCCGAUUGAAAUUUGCACAAAUUGAUGCUCUAACUAAUAAUGAUUGAUAUGUGACAAAAAUUUCAAAGAAAUUCGAAGGCGGGAACUCACGAUAUCGCCUUAUCGGUGUCAACAUGGCAAUGGCUGCGAUUGCGAUGCCGAUGGAGAGUAGUUGUUGCCUCCGAUCGUACAACCAAUUGUGAUGGAUCACAAACAAUUAUAACGCUGUGAGUGUGAUAACAUUAACAAGACUUUUUACAUUUUUUUCUGUUAUUUUUUCCCUUAUAAUUUAUAUUCAUAAUGGAAAAAAGUUUAUCACAUGUUAUGAUCAGCGUUAUUAUUGUUUGGGAUUGAUCACAAUUGGUUGUACGAUCGGAGGCAACAACUACUCUCCAUUGCGAUCGCAUUGGAUGUCGAUGCCGAUAUCGUAAUGUAUUAAUCAUUAUUAGAGCAUCAAUUUGUGCAAAUUUCAUCUCAAUCGGCCAUACACUUUUGAAAUGCCAGGGGGUGUGCAAUUGUAGACCUUUAGGCUUUACCGUUAUUUUUGUUAACUGAAUUUGACUUUGUAUUUGAAUGUUCUACUAGCUACUCUUCUAUAUUAUAAACAUUGUCUGUGAUUUAUGUUCUGAUGUUCGUACAUUGCCAUGAUGUUGGUAUAUUGCAGUGAGUGCGAUGUAAACAGUGGCACUGACCACAUGAUCACGUAGUACUAGUAAAUUUCCAAGACCAAGCCUCACAUGCAUUAUCAACAUGUCUGUUAUUUAACUCCGGGCAUCGCUAGCAGAUUUUUUUUUUUUUUUUUUUUUAAAUUAUUUUAAAGCAGUUUUUCGCUGCGCAUUACUCCCAUUAGACAUUUUUGGCUCCGGAUCACUAGCGCUGUCGCGCUAGCGAUCCCCGGAGUUACAUGUCUGUUAACUCCGAGGAUUGCCACGCUGCGCGUGGCGAUCCGAAUCCACUCAAAAGUGAACAAAAAAAGUUCACAUUUGUGCAGCUGAAUUCAGCUUUAAAAUAAUAAAAUCAUGCAAUACUUAAUUACCACCAAAAUAUGACGCAAUAUGCUAGCUUUGCUGUGCCUCCAUAAAAGAAUCGGAUUUCCCCCUCCAUUCGGCACAAAUUCAGUCAUUUAAUGGCUUCCGAGACUUCCCUCCCGUGGCCAACUGCACAAAUGUGAACUUUUUUAGUUUUUUGUUCACUUUUGAGUGGAUUCGGAUCGCCCCAGAGUUAUGUCUGUAUGUGUGGCGCUGACGAGCUGCAUGAAUGAUGAGGAUCCAAGGAUAAUCUCAUCAGAAAAAGGAACAAGAUGUGUGACGGGCAAUCAAUGGAGACUGAUAAGGAAACUGGGAGAGGGAAGAGAAAGAAGAAACCAACACGCACAUACAUGUAUUCAUCUUCGGAGUUGGAGACGGAUGAUGAGGAGCCUCAACCAAAAGAAACAAAGAAAUCAAAAUCAAAAAUUUCACAGUGCAAUGAGAUGGCCAGGGAUCUCAGGAAGCAAAUGUUUGGUGCCAAUGAAACGAAAAAAUCAAAUGGACGUACGGCAACGGGAAGUGGAACAAGUGGUGAGAUAAUUGACCUGAAAAAGCAGUUGGAGAAAUCAAGGAGAGAGACUGAGGAUCUGCAGGUGAAGCUGAGUAAGGAGAAGGCAGUUAGGGAAAAGAUACAGCAACAGCUGUUGUUUUUGCAAGGAGUGCCUAAAUUCAUCGAAACCUUUAAAGGGUUCAUAGUGGAUAUGGAGGAGAUGUCGAGACUCAAGGCUGAUCAUGAAGAGAUGCACUGUCCAUCAGGAGGGUCAUCUACAUCAUCCUCGCCCGCUCGUUCCUCGCCCGCUCGUUCCUCCACCCAAUCCUCGCCAUCAUCAGCACGACCACAGUCCCAACAGAUUGCCCUUGGAUCGAAGGUCUCUCUUAGUCGAAACGUCCUCGACAGGUGCAACGCUGGUGAUUUUCGCAAGUACACCUGCGAUUUGAUGCUGGCGGUGUUCGGCAGGCCUACCCUACUGACCUCGUCACUGACUGGUGCGAAGAAUGUGGCAGGUCGCGCAAAGCCACCUCUGGACAGUGACAAGCUUCAGGGGAUAAUUAGUCAUGUCAAGUCAAAGUUCCCAGGAGUGUCAUCAUCGGAAAUCCGCAUCGUUAUGCGGAACAAAGUUGGCAACGAAAUUAAGUUGGGCAACGAAAUUAAGUUGGCCAAACGUAGAUCUCAACCGAAAGAGAACCAAGCCAAAGAAAACCAAGCCAAAGAAUUAAACCAAGAACCACAAGAUGAGACCGAAUGAAGCACUUUGUCAAGAUGACUAAUUAAUUAAUAAUGAGCUAAGUCUUGUUACUUACUAAUUAUCCCCUGUUCACUGUCCAGAGGAGGCAAAUUUGCGCGACCUGCCACAUUCUUCGCACCAUUCAGUGACGAGGUCAGUAACAUGGGCCUGCCGAACACUGCCAGCAUCAGAGGACUUAACAAGCACAUGCAUAUUCUGUUCCAAAUAUAAUUUAGUAUGAUCAUCAUGAUGCGACCUAUCCGAGUAUGCCAUGUUUGGUACGUUUCUGGCACUUCUGAAUCGCCCGUCGCUCCUGUGUAUUUUUUUGGUUGAUUGGAAUAUGUUUUAGACCACAGGCAUUGCUAUAAUGCUUGCUACAGACCAACAUUAAAAAAAAUAAUAAUAAUGUUUUAAUAGGGGCCAGAAUUAUCCUUAUCUGAUAUAUUAAAGGUGCUCCUGCAUCGUUUAUCAUACACACAGUGCCAUCUUGCGCACAAACUAGCCUAGUUCAAAAUGGCGAUCUGUAGCGUAGCAUCCCAACGCUUGAUGAUCUUUAACAUUUCACCUGUUUCUAAAGCUAUUUUGAUAAAAAGCUCUUCAUGGGCCAUCACAUCAAUUCUAGGCAUGUAUUGUGUUUUCCGUCCAGCUGGUACUAAUAUAUUAAAUUUUAUGUUUUGGCAUGUGGAUAUCAAAUGACAGUGCGCACGCAUCAAUCAGUGUUCUUUGUUGGCACCCUUCUAAACAAAUAAGUGUCAAGAACUUUCUUGUUGAGUAAAUUUUGAUCUGAUAAGGAAACAAUUUGAGAUUUUUUUGUGCAAAAAAUGGCAUUUAUAUAUGAUCUACGGAUAAAAGCCCAAAUUCACCUUGAAGAAUGGAAUCAAAUCAGACUAACAAGAAACUACAUCUCUUGGAAGACAUCAAAAUUUAUAUGGGGAACCUAAAUUGCCUCAAACAUGCAUUAAAAUUUGAGACAUUUGGUAUUGUUAAUCUGGUCUUUAAACAAAAGCGAAUGGAAUUAAAAUUGCUUUUGUUAUGAUUUUGAAUGACGGGAAUAUACCAAAUUAUUUCAUGUUCCUGAUUGUUCCGUACUCUAUUUGCCAAAGAUAUUGCUGAAAUGUAUUCAUUGUGUGCUGAAAAAUAACUUUGAUAAUGUGUAUGCGUUUGACGCCAUUUAUUUAAGUGGCAAAUUUC